AUGUGGACGAAGCUUCAACUGGACCCAAUUAAUGAGGGAGAACUCGUCAAGAUUGUUAGAGAAGUUUCGACAUCUACAGAGAACACAAACAAGCAGCCCGUAGAGAUCAUCGCCGAUUUCCUUGCUCAGAUCAAGGCACAUCUUAUCAAAAACCUGGAUCAGAAAUAUGGAAAAGUACUAUGGAGAGGCCUUGCCAUCACUUUGGUGGUCACUGUUCCUGCGGUUUGGACAGAUGUCGCUAAAGCCCGUACUCUUGAGGCUGUGGACAAGGCCGGCUUCAACACACCUGAGUUCCCACACCUGAAGAGCAUUCUUAUGACAACUGAGCCCGAGGCUGCUGCCAUUUAUACCAUCAAGAGCUUACGAGGAACUACACAAAACGCGAACUUUGCUGUCGGUGACGGGUUCAUCGUCUGUGACAUGGGCGGCGGUACGGUCGAUCUGAUUUCCUACAGGGUUGCAGGAGUCGAACCGACAGUGAUCGAGGAAGCAACAAUCGGCAGCGGUGAUCAAUGUGGAGGCAGUUUCGUCGAUCGAGCUUUCCUGAAGUUGCUUGAGCGCCGCUUGGGUACCAAAGACUUCGUGGAGAUUGUCGGCUGUCGCAGUGAAGAUGUCCCGCACACCUCGAUCUCAAAAAAGGCAGCCAGGAUGCUGCAAGAUUUCACGCUUGAGAUCAAGGGUGGCUUUUCCGGAACAGAAACUAAUCACCUACGCCUACCACAUCCUCUGACCUCUAUCGAAGAAGACACAGCGAGAGGCAUAUGCGAUGGUGAAAUCACCAUCUCUCCAGAGGACAUGAUCGAGAUCUUUGAGAUGCCAUAUGUCUUCCUGGUUGGUGGUUUCUCAGAGAGUCCGUACAUGUACGAGAAGAUCAAGACGUUCGUCGCUAGUUGCAACGGCCUACAGGCUGUCAAACCGGCUUAUGCAUGGUCUGCUGUAGUACGAGGCGCAGCCGCGAAGGGCUUAGAAGGAGCUAAGAAGAACAUGAUUAAGACGCGCAAAUGUCGCAGACACUACGGCACCGACUAUUGCGCCCGAUUCUCCGCACGUCAGCAUAAGGAAGCCGACUCAUAUAUCGACUGCUACGACGGAAUUAAGUCGGUACAGAACCAGAUGCGAUGGUUGCUUACAUUGGGCCAAGAUCUCUCGACAUCCAAAGACGCACACGCAGAGGCAGGGUUCACGACCGACUUCUGGCCAACAGAGAAACGUGUGUCUUCUCUGAAGCUCUUCGCUUCGGAUGAGUUGAAGGCUCCCACGAGUUCACUUGAUAAGGCAAGUCAUAGUGCCGGUGUUUACAAGGUCACCACACUGACCGUGGACCUAAGUGUCGUUCCUAAGAAGGAGUUCAAGUCCAAGCGAAGUCCCUCAGGCAAAACCUACCAUAGUUUGAGCUACGACGUUGUGAUCUCGGCACAGUCGAUCCUGGAGUACUCGCUGCUAGUCAACGGCAAGACUUACGGCACCGUGACUGCGAAGUAUGAUUGA